GUGGUGCUCGAUCGCCAGCUACCUUCCAACUGCCGCAGCUGCAACGGCCACAACUGGAAACAGGUCUCCUUACGCAAAGUGCAGCGCGCUGCACCAAUGGAGCGAGAUUUGCUACUUCCGCGUGGUGAGGAGCUGCCAUUCCUCAACUCCAUCCACAUUCCAGAUUUGCAGUCCAAGGCUCCACUGAAGCAAGGAAGAGAGGCUCAGGAUGACUACGAAGGACUGUGA